AUGCCCCACGGGUCAGAGGAUGCCCGCAAGAAGUUCAUCCUGACCACAACUGGAAACUUCUACGGGAUAACGCCGUCGCCGUCCCUGGCUGACAGCUCCGAGCUCAAUAACUUCUUGGAUGAUGGAAAUGAAUUUGUCCUGUCCGUCAGCAGACACGACAAUGAUCUUCACCUGUCAAAUAAGGUUGAAGCCUCUGGCGGCAGCAGAGAGAAGGUGUUGGUGUUCUUCAAGCUGCAGCCCACAGUGAUCACUGAAGACAACCUUGACAGGAGCAUCCUGGUGUCGUCCAUGCUUGAGUCUCCCAUCAACGCCCUCUACCAGGCGGUCAGACAGGUCUUUGCACCUGUACUGCUAAAGGAUGAGCGCUGGCGUUCAGCCUUCGACCCGAAGUUGGCAGACCUGCUGAGUGAGCUGGAGCUUGGCCUGGGUUCUGUGGUCCGUCAGUCUGGAGCACAACCCUCUGCUAAAAAUGGCCGAGAGGAGGAGGAUGUCCUUGGUAUCCUGACUCCUAGUGAUGAGUUCCAGUACUGGGCAGACCUUUCUGAAUCUGCAGAGAAGAACAAUGUGAUAGAAAGGGCGACAUUUUUCACCGAGCAGUUUAAACCCAUACAAAAGGAGUAUGGAGGUCUUGAUGGCUUGUCAAUGUCUGAUGUGGUGGAUCUCGUGGAACAGAGCAGAGAUGCUCUGGAUGAUGUGUGGAGGCAGACAGAUUUUGAGCCUUAUCCAGAAACACGCAUGAUUCGGCUCAUGGACAUUAUUGGUGGUGCUCUGGGAAGAUUUGUGCAGAGGAAGCUGAGCAGUGUCAAAAUCUUUGAGGAGUCAUUUGCUUUGGUGAGAGAGAACCUGAGAGUGGGUGUUACCAUCUGUGAGCAGUGGGUGUCGGCCUGUGAUCAUCUGACAGGACAGGUGUGGAAGAGAUAUGCACCCCAUGCCUGGAAGGGAAACAAGCACUGCCCGCAGACCCUUCACUGUCUUGCAAAGAGGUUGGACGAGGUGGUGACUCUGCGUAUGGUUCACGAGAAACUGCUGCGUUUGCUCCCAGGAGGGAAACAGCAAGCUCUGACUCCAGAUCGCGUCUUUGAACCCUUCUCUGGACUCAACCCUCUGCAUUACAACCCUUAUACUGAGCCUCUUUGGAGAGCAGCAAUGGCUCAGUUUGAGCGCCUAAUGGCUCCGUCGGAGCAGGAGGUGGCUGGGAGACUGAAGAGCUACAUUGCUGAUGUACAGGAUAACCCACAACAGCUGCUGCAGGUGUUUCAAAAGCACAAGGAACUGAUCAGACGUCCAACCAUCAGCAAAGAGCUCCAGUCAGAGAGAGAGACCCUUCUAGCCAGACUACUGGAUUACAACAAGGGCCUGAAGACCGACUUUGAGAGUCGUUGUCAUGGAGGCCCUGGAGAAAAGUCCGGGCCGCUCAUUGGCAGGAAUCUUCCUGAGGUCGUCAACAAAAUCGUGUGGGUUCGACAGCUCAUACACAAGGUGGAGGACUCUGUCCGUAUCGCAGAGGCUCUACUCUCAGACCUGUCUGCAUUCAAAGGGUUCCUGCAUUUCUGUGAUGACCUACUGGAAAUUCUGAGAGUGUAUGAGCAGGAGCAGUUUGAGGACUGGUCCAGAGAUAUACUCUCGGGACUGCUUGACUCAAAAUCAGGGAUCAGUCUCCAGGCCAGUAACCGUGUGAUGGACCUGGACCAUGUGGAUGGCACGCUGAAGGUCCAGUACUCAGACAGACUGGUCAGCCUGAUCAGAGAGGUCAGGCAGCUCUCUGCCCUGGGUUUUCCCAUCCCAGCCAAAAUACAACAGGCUGCUAAUACUGCAGAUAAAUUCUACAGACAGGCCGUUGUCCUUAAACAGGUGGCCCAUUUCUAUAACACCAUUGACCAGCAGAUGAUUCCCUCUCAGAGACCUAUGAUGCUUAGUCUGGCACUGGCCUUUGAACAGGUCAUCAAGAAUCCUCGCUCUCAGUCUACAGAAUCGGGGGGUAAACUACUGAUCACCUGGGACAACCCUAAAGAGUUGGAAGCUUACAUCGCCAAGCUGCAGUCGGCUGCUGAGAAACUCUCCACUGAGAACAGGAAGCUACGCAAAUGGCACAUGGACUUCAUUGACAAGGUGGUGACACUGAUGAAUGUGGACCUGCUGAGACAUCCGCAGCGGUGGAAGGACGGACUUCAGGACCUGCGCACAGGCUUUGCCACUCUGGAGGCUCAGGGCUUCAGGUCUGAUGACAUGCAGGCAUGGCGUCAGCACUGGAACCAUCAGUUGUACAAGGCUCUUGAGCACCAAUAUCAGAUGGGACUGGAAGCUCUGAACAAAAACCUGCCUGAAAUACACAUAGACCUAACUUUCAAACAAGGCCGUUUGCAGUUCCGUCCUCCUUUCGAGGAAGUGCGAGCACGCUACUUCAGGGAGAUGAAGAGGUUCAUCUCCAUCCCAAACCAGUUCAAGGGGGUCAGUGCCCAAGGGGAGGAGCUUAUCUUCAGCGUAAUGAUUGAUAGAAACGCCUCCGGGUUCCUCACUAUCUUCAGCAAGGCCGAGGACCUCUUUGGCCGCCUGCAGGCUAUACAACACAAAUUUAAGGAGUGGGUGUUUCUGGGCCAGGUGGAUUUAGAGAAGUUGGUGGAGAAGCAUUUGAUCUCUGUAAAUGACUGGGAGAGAAACUUCAAGGCCCUAAAAGCCAGAGGGAAGGAGUCGGAACGUCUGCCCAGUCAGGAGAAAGUAGACUGUAUUACAGUUAACUGUGAGCCGGUAAAAGCCGCCAUUGACGACCUGAUCCAGAGGCUGUUUGACCUGCUGCUCUUAUCACUCAGGAAGUCCAUAAAAGGCCACACUCAGGCCAUAGAGAGUUUUGUGUCAGAGUCAAUGGAGGCCUUGUCCAUUCGACCAGACAACAUGGAGGAGAUCGGUGCGGCUGCUGGCAAAUAUAGUAAAAUACUAGCCAGCAAAAUUGAGAUAUUAGCUCAGUUCCAGUGUGUUGAGGAGAAGAACCGCUUGCUGCGAGCGGUGGCAGGAGCAGGCCUGGACUCACUGUCCUCCCUCAGAGCCAAGUGGGACAAACUAGAGCUUAUCAUGGAGAGUCACCAGCUCAUGAUCAAAGAACAGGUGGAGGUAAUGCGAAGUAAUGCUGCUGGUCGCAUCGACACCUACCGGGCAGAUCUGCAGCGGUUUAAGGCCCGCUGGGACCAGCUGAAGCCUAAAGACGAGGCGCUUGAGAGUGGUGACCAUGCUGCUCUACUCGCGUGCCUCCAGACCAUCAGGGACAAGCAGCAAGAGUUCCAGGAGCUGGAGCUUGUCCGCAGUAAACUGCUAGAGGACUGUGGCUUUUUUGACCUGGAGGCUCCAGACUUCUCUCUGGCGGAAGAGACAAAGAUAGAUAUGGAGGAGUGCGGCCAGAUGUGGGGUCUGUAUGAGGAGUGGCAGCAAGGCUUCACAGAGAAGGCCCAGGAGGACUGGAUCACAUUCAGGAGUAAGACGUACGUGUUUGAGGAGUUUCUGUUCACGUGGCAAGAAAGACUUAGGAAGCAGGAGCAGCCAACUGCCAUGUCGGUCAAACUACAAGCCGAAGUGGACAAAUACAAGAACAUGGUCCCAGUGCUGAAGUACGUUCGUGGGGAGCACCUGUCCCAGGACCAUUGGUUGGAUAUGUUUCGUCUGCUGGGUCUCCCACGAGGGACAACCCUAGAGAGACUCACCUUUAAUGAUCUGCUCAGUGUGACAACUACCAUAAUAGAAAAGGCCUUGGAGCUCAAGGACCUGAACAGCCGGGCCCAGGCUGAGGUGACGAUCAGAGAAGCCCUGAGGGAACUGGACUUGUGGGGAGCUGCAGCCACCUUCAAUCUCACUGAGUACACAGACAGCAGCGGCCGCACUCUCACCCUCAUCAAGGACUGGAAGGAUAUAGUCAACCAGGUGGGAGAUAACCGCUGCCUGCUGCAGUCUCUGAAAGACUCUCCCUACUAUCGCAGCUUCCAAGACAAGGUCAGUCUGUGGGAGGUUCGUCUGUCAGACUUAGAUGAGUAUCUGCUGAGUCUGAACGCCAUCCAGAGACGUUGGGUUUAUCUGGAGCCUAUUUUUGGACGAGGGGCAUUACCUCGGGAGGAGGCCCGCUUUAAACGGGUUGAUGAAGACUUCAGGUCUAUAAUGUCAGACAUUCAGAGAGACAACAGAGUCGUUUCUCUGAGCUCGAGGGCCGGCAUCAGAAACUCCCUGGUCACCAUACUGGACCAGCUGCAGCGCUGCCAAAAGUCCCUCAAUGAGUUCCUGGAGGAGAAGCGUUCUGCCUUCCCCCGGUUCUAUUUCAUAGGAGAUGAUGAUCUGUUAGAGAUUCUCGGACAGGCAACCAACCCGACAGUCAUCCAGUCACACCUCAAGAAACUAUUUGCUGGCAUCCACACUGUUGUAUUUGAUGAGCAGAGCCAGCACAUUGUCGCCAUGUGUUCUUUGGAGGGAGAAAUAGUGCCACUCAGGAACCUCAUUCAAAUCUCCAGCCUUGUGGAGGUAUGGUUAAGGGACCUGUCUGUGGAAAUGAAGGAGACUCUGAAGCACCUGCUGUAUGAAUGUGUGUCAGCAGGGAAGAAAGGGGGGGUGGACCCCUCACGCUACCCAUCACAGAUUCUGUGUCUGGCCGAGCAAAUCCAGUUCACUGAAGAUGUGGAACGAGCUCUAAAAGAGCAGAAUUUGCAGCAGCUGGAGCUGGAGCUCCGUACAAAGUUGGAACACUACACCACAGUGGACACGAGCUCUGAGGAUCAAGCUAACACAGAGUCCAGUGUCCUGCAGCUGAAGCUCAAGGCCUUGAUCCUGGACAUCGUCCAUAACAUCAGCGUUGUGAAGCAACUUAAACAGGCUCAAGUUAGCAGUCCUGACGCCUGGGCCUGGAAGAAGCAGCUGCGCUUCUACAUGAAACCAGACAAAUGCUGCCACAUAAACAUGGUGGAUGCACUGUUCAGCUAUACAUAUGAAUACCAGGGGAAUGCAGCUAAGCUGGUGCACACUCCGCUGACUGAUAAGUGCUACCUGACUCUGACCCAGGCCAUGAAGAUGGGGCUCGGGGGAAACCCCUACGGACCUGCUGGGACAGGAAAAACCGAGUCGGUCAAAGCCCUUGGGGGGCUGUUUGGACGCCAAGUGCUGGUGUUCAACUGUGAUGAGGGCAUUGAUGUGAAGUCAAUGGGAAGAAUCUUUGUGGGCUUGGUGAAGUGCGGAGCAUGGGGCUGCUUUGACGAGUUUAACCGCUUGGAGGAGGCAGUGCUGUCUGCAGUUUCCAUGCAAAUUCAGGCCAUCCAAGACUCUCUCAAACAUCACAAGUACACAUGUGACCUGCUGGGGAAGGAGGUGGAUUUGGACCCAAACUCUGGAGUAUUCAUCACGCUGAACCCGGCGGGAAAAGGCUACGGAGGCCGACAGAAGCUUCCAGACAACUUAAAGCAGCUGUUCAGACCCGUGGCCAUGAGCAGGCCAGACAACGAGCUCAUUGCAGAGGUCAUUCUGUAUUCAGAGGGUUUCCAGAGUGGAGAAAUACUGGGACGCAAAUUGGUUGCAAUUUUCAACCUGGCCAGGGAGCUGUUGACUCCCCAGCAGCACUAUGACUGGGGUCUGCGUGCUCUGAAGACGGUGCUGAAGGCCUGUGGCAGUCUCCUGCAGCAACAGAGGAGGAGUCACGACAAGGACAAGAUUCAGGAGAGCAGUCUGGUGGUGCAGGCCUUGAGACUGAACACCAUGUCCAAGCUGACAUUUGCUGAUAGCUCUCGGUUCGACGCUCUGGUCAAAGACGUCUUCUCUGGAGUUAAUUUCACAGACGUGGAGGACCAUGUACUCAUGAAUGCACUCGAGCACGUCUACAAGGAGGCACGACUGGAGCUCAUCCCCAGCCAGCUGAAGAAGGCACUGGAGCUGAAUGAGCAGCUGAGACAGCGCAUGGGUGUAGUUAUUGUCGGGCCAAGCGGAGCAGGGAAGUCGACACUCUGGAGGAUGCUCAGGGCUGCUCUCAGCAAGACAGGCAAAGUGGUGAAACAGUACACAAUGAAUCCAAAGGCCAUGCCCAGACAGCAGCUGCUUGGACACAUAGACAUGGACACCAGGGAAUGGGCUGAUGGUGUCCUCACACACAGUGCCAGGAGUGUGGUCAGGGAACCACAGGAGGUGAGCUCAUGGAUUGUUUGUGACGGCGACAUUGACCCAGAGUGGAUUGAGAGUCUAAACUCUGUGCUCGAUGAUAACCGACUCUUGACCAUGCCAAGCGGAGAACGCAUCCAGUUCGGCCCAAAUGUGAACUUCUUGUUUGAGACUCACGAUCUCAGUUGCGCCUCACCAGCCACCAUCUCUCGUAUGGGGAUGAUCUUUCUCAGUGAUGAAGACAUUGAUGUGGGGGCCUUGGUCAAGUCCUGGUUGAGGGGUCAGCCAGAGGAGUGUUGCAGCAACCUGGAAAACUGGCUGGGAGACUAUUUCCAGCGAGCCCUAGACUGGGUCGUCAAACAGAAUGACUUUGUUGUGGAGUCCAGUCUGGUGGGUACAGUGUUCAAUGGUCUGUCCCAUCUCAACGCUGUGACAGAGAGAGGUCAGUUUAUUGUUGGCCUUCUAAGAGGUUUGGGAGGAAACCUCAACUUCAAAACACGACAGGAGUUUGCCAAGGAGUUGCUGAGCUGGGCCAGGGAAAGUCCACCAGACGCCAGAAAACCACUAGAUACCUACUAUGAUACGGACAGCGGCCAUCUAGCAGCCUAUAUAUUCCAGCGUCCUGAGGGUCUCACGCUGGAGCAGCUUUCUCAUACUCACACCCUACCUGUUAUAGAGACCGUGGACAUGCAGAGAGGUCUGCACUGUUUCUCCCCGUGGCUCACCGCUCAGCACAGGCAGCCAUUCAUGGUGGUGGGGCCAGAGGGCUGUGGAAAGGGCAUGCUGCUGCGCUACGCCUUCUCUCGGCUGCGCUCCACCCAGGUCGCCGUGGUUCACUGCAGUGCACAGACCUCAUCCCGCCAUGUCCUCCAGAAGCUCAGUCAGACCUGCCUGUUGCUGAGCUCUAACACUGGCCGGGUGUUCAGACCCAAGGACUGUGAGAAUCUGGUCCUUUACCUGAAAAACAUCAACCUGCCCAAACCGGACAAGUGGGGGACAAGCAACCUCACUGCCUUCCUGCAACAGGUGCUGACAUAUAAGGGAUUUUAUGAUGAAAAUCUUGAGUGGGUGAGUCUCGAGAACAUCCAGGUGGUGGCCUCCAUGUCAACAGGGGGUGCUGUCGGGAGCCAUUCGCUCACCUCUCGCUUCUCCUCUAUAGUACGCAUCUGCACCAUUGACUAUCCAGACCGAGAGCAGCUGCAGACUAUCUACUCAGCGUACCUGCAGCCAGUUCUUCAGCACAGUCUUGGCGGCCAGGCAGCCUGGGCCAGCACAGGGAAGACACACCAGCUGGCUGGCUCUCUGGUGCAGCUCUAUGAACAGGUGAAAGCCAAGUUUACAGUGGAUGACCACAGUCACUACCUGUUCACCCCCUGUAUUCUCACUGAAUGGGUCCUCAGCCUGCUGAGAUACGACCUCACUGCAGCUCAAUCUAAUGUGACAGACAGCGUUUUGGAGGUGGUGGCGUAUGAAGCGAGGAGGCUGUUUAGAGACCGGCUAGUUUCCUCCAAAGACCUUCACACCUUUGAUAACAUCCUCUCCUCCAUCAUACGUGGUGACUGGGGCUCUGACGCUCUGGACAACAUGACCGAGGGUUUCUAUGUGACAUGGGGAGCCUCUGAAGGGGCUGUAAUGGCUCCAGGCCAGCCACUUCCUCCACAUGGGAAACAAUUGGGAUGUCUGGAUUCUGCCGACUUAAAACAAGUUAUACAGAAGGGAGUCGUGCUGUACAGUCGCGACAACAAGGAGCUGGAUCUUCUCCUCUUCAGGGAAGUGUGCGACUUUGUGUCCAGGGUGGAUCGGGUCCUGAGCAGGGCCGGCGGCUCUCUGCUGCUGGCAGGCCGGACCGGAGUUGGUCGGCACACGGCCACGUGCCUUGUGUCGCACAUGCACGGAUACACACUGUUCACGCCGAAAAUCUCCCGCGCUUACUCUCUUAAGCAUUUCAGCAAUGAUCUCAAGACGGUGAUGCAGCUGGCAGGUCUGGAGGGUCAGCAGGUGGUACUGCUGUUAGAGGAUUAUCAGUUUGUUCACCCAGCUUUCUUAGAGAUGGUCAACAGUUUGCUGUCGUCAGGUGAAGUUCCAGGUCUGUAUUCCCCAGAGGAGCUGGAGCCUCUCCUGUCCUCCCUCAAAGAUUCUGCCUCCCAGGACGGAUUCACAGAGCCACUCUACAACUACUUUUCCUACAGAAUCCAGCAGAACCUUCACAUUGUUCUGAUCAUGGACUGCUCUAACACUAACUUCACCAUCAACUGUGAGAGCAACCCAGCUUUCUACCGCAAGUGUUCUGUCCAGUGGAUGGAAGGAUGGACCGAAAGCAGCAUGAAGAAGAUUCCUGAGCUGCUGCUGGCAAAGACAGAGGGAGGAGGGGCUGAGAAUGAAAGAGAAAAUAGUAAAGUAGGCUCUGAUCAGGGAGACCUGUGCCGGUUGUUUCUGAUGGUCCAUGAAUCAUGUAGAGAACACGGUGCAACACCCAGCCAGUACAUGGCCUUUCUGAAUGUUUACACUGCUUUAUACAGCCGGAAGAAAAGUCAGCUCACAACGCGACAACAGCAUCUGCAGGCAGGUGUGUCUAAGCUGAAUGAAGCUAAAGCUCUGGUGGAUGAGUUGAAGAGGCGAGCUGCAGAGCAGAGUGCACUGCUGAAGACCAAACAACAGGAGGCAGAUUCUGCCCUACAGGAAAUCACCACCUCCAUGCAGAAUGCUAGUGACCAGAAGACGGAGAUGGAGAAGAUAAAGGGAAAGAUGGCUCAGGAAGUUUCCAAGAUUGAAGAAAGGAAAGCGACAAUUGAUGAUGAGCUGAGGGAAGUACAGCCUUUGGUAGAUGAGUCAAAGCGUGCAGUGGGAAACAUUAAGCCUGAAGCUCUGUCUGAGAUCCGCUCGCUGCGUAUGCCCCCUGACGUCAUCAGAGACAUCCUGGAGGGGGUUCUGAGACUGAUGGGCGUCUUCGACACAUCUUGGGUCAGCAUGAAGAGUUUUCUGGCUAAGCGGGGUGUGAGGGAGGACAUAGCGACAUUCGAAGUGAGGAACAUCACCCCUGAGAUUCGUCAGAGUGUAGAGGAGCUGCUCACCAGGAACAAGGCCUCCUUUGACCCCAAGAAUGCAAAGCGUGCGAGUGCGGCAGCUGCUCCUCUGGCUGCCUGGGUCAAAGCAAACGUCCAGUACUCCCACGUCCUAGAGAGGAUCGAGCCGCUGGAGAGAGAGCAGGCCGGAUUGCUUGAGAACCUGAGAAAAACAGAGAGCAGGAAGAAUAAGCUGGAGCACCAGCUCAACUCUGUUGGAGCCAAAGUCAGCGAGUUGAAAGAGAAGUUUCAGUGUCACACUGCAGAAGCAGCUAAGUUGGAGGCUGAGGUGAACAAAGCCCAGGAUACGAUCGCUGCUGCCCAGCAGCUCAUUUCACAACUCGACGGAGAACACACACGGUGGAACACUCAGAUGUCUGAGAUAAAGAAUGAGUUGGAUACGCUCCCAAUGAGAGCCAUGCUUGCUGCAGCCUUCAUUACCUAUCUGUCUGCUGCCCCAGAAGAUCGGAGAAGACACUGUCUGGAGACGUGGAUGGCUCAAUCUGGACUUCAGAAGUUUGACUUGAGGUCAUUCCUGUGCUCGGAGAGCGAGCAGUUGAUCUGGAAGAGUCAAGGGCUGCCGUCUGAUGACCUCUCCAUGGAAAACGCACUGGUCAUACUACAGAUCAAUGCUCUCAAGUUACGGAGUGUUGCCUGUCCGUUCCUGAUCGACCCGUCAUCCCGAGCUACAGAGUGGCUCCGCACACAUCUCAAAGAGAACAGACUCGAGGUUAUCAACCAACAGGACAGUAACUUCAUGACAUCUCUGGAGCUGGCAGUCAGAUUUGGAAAAACUCUCAUCAUCCAGGAGAUGGAUGGAGUAGAACCUGUGCUCUAUCCGCUGCUGAGGAAGGACCUCAUAGCACAGGGCCCUAGGUAUGUGGUGCAGAUAGGAGACAAGGUUAUCGAUUACAACGAGGACUUCCGUCUCUUCCUGGCAACAAGGAACCCCUCUCCCUUCAUCCCCCCCGAUGCUGUUUCCGUGGUUACAGAGGUCAACUUUACUACCACCCGGGCAGGCUUACGAGGACAGCUCCUCGCCUUGACCAUCCAGCAAGAGAAGCCAGAAUUGGAGACAGAGAAAACAAGACUUCUGCAACAAGAGGAAGACAAGAAAAUACAACUGGCUCAGCUGGAAGAAUCCCUGUUAGAGACACUGGCUACAGCUCAGGGGAAUAUUCUGGAGAACAGGGAGCUGAUAGACAGUCUGAACCAGACUAAGGCAAGCAGUGCCCUGAUCCAGGAAUCACUGCUGGAAUCCCACAGGCUGCAGGCAUCUCUGGACCAGGAGCGGGAUGCCUACUUACCUCUUGCGGAGAGUGCCAGCAAGAUGUAUUUUGUCAUCACCGACCUGUCGAAGAUCAACAACAUGUAUCGCUUCAGCCUGGCUUCUUUUCUACGCCUCUUCCAAAGAGCUCUUCAGGCCAAGAAGGAAGUAAAGAAUACUGAAGCCAGGAUUGCUGCUUUGGAGUCUAGCUUGAAGAAUAUGGUGUAUGAAUAUGUCUGCCGGUCGCUUUUCAAGGCUGACCAGUUGAUGUUUGCUAUGCACUUUGUUAAAGGCAUGCACCCCGAAUUCUUCCAGGAGAACGAGUGGGAAAUCUUCAGUGGGUCCAUCGUUGGAGAAAUGUUUAAGAAGGAGCAGGAGUUGCCCUCCUGGAUUGAUCUGGAGAGACAUGGAGCAGUCGCUAUUUUUAAAGCUACGUUCCCAGCCCUCUACCAGUCUGUGUGUUUGAGUGACUCAGACCUCUGGAUGUCCUUCUCGCAGAGCUCACAGUGUGAACAGGAAAUCCCAUCUUCCGUUGCCAAGAAGAUUACUCCCUUCCAGCAGCUAUUAUUGGUUCAGGCAGUCAGACCAGACCGGCUGCAGAGUGCCAUGGCAGCAUUUGCCUCUCAGGCUCUGGGUAUGAAAGAGCUCUCCCCCCCUCCGCUGAACCUGCGUCGUCUCUACAUUGAGACCCUGGAAUUGGAGCCUGUGUUGAUCAUCAUCUCUCCCGGGGCAGAUCCAUCCCAGGAGCUUGCAGAACUAGCUGCAGAAACCAUUGGCAGAGAUAACUAUCAUGAGAUCUCUAUGGGGCAGGGACAGGCCGACGUGGCCGUAGCUUCACUCAAGGAUUGUUCCAGAAAUGGAGACUGGCUUUGCCUGAAAAACCUUCACCUUGUCACUGCAUGGCUACCGCUCCUGGAAAAAGAGCUUAAUGUGCUGCGUCCCAAAGCGGGUUUCCGUCUCUGGCUGACGGCAGAAGUUCACCCCAAAUUCCCUCCUAUACUGCUGCAGUCCAGCCUGAAGAUCACUUAUGAGGCUCCUCCUGGGUUGAAGAAGAAUCUGCUGAGGACGUAUGAGUCGUGGACUCCUGAGCAGAUCAGUAAAGGAGGCGUCCUGGCCAGAGCUCAGUCUCUGUUCUGUCUGGCCUGGUUCCAUGCUGUCUGCCAAGAGAGACGCAACUACAUACCACAGGGUUGGACUAAGUUCUAUGAGUUUUCCAUGUCGGACCUCCGCGCUGGAUUUGAGAUCAUUGACAGUCUUUUUGAAGGUGGUAAAUCUUUCCAGUGGGAGUUUGUCCACGGCCUGCUGGAGAGUGCCAUCUACGGCGGACGCAUCGACAACCCCUCUGACCUCCGAAUCCUACGUUCUUACCUGGAGCAGUUCUUCUCAGCACGCCUCCUCUCACCCUCCUCCUCAGCUGCUCAGAGGAAGAGCAGCGGAGGAACGCGCUUCCUUCCACCUCAGAUCAGCCUCCCAGCUUCUUGCAGCAUAUUGGACUACCGCAGCAUGAUAGAGCAUCUCCCAGAGGACGACAGGCCUGCAUUCUUUGGUCUGCCUGCCAACAUAGAGAGAUCUUCCCAAAGAAUCAUCAGCUCCCAGGUGAUUUCCCAGCUGCGUGUCCUGAGCCGCCCAGUAGCAACUGGGUCCAAGUUUGACAGGGAGCUCUGGUCGAAUGGACUUUCACCUGUCCUCAACUUGUGGAAGAAAAUCAAUCAGGGCUCUACACUGAUCCAUCAGAAGGUGGCUCUGCCUGCAGAGGGUCAUGGGUCACCAGUCCUGUCAUUCAUUGCUCUGGAGCAGUUCAAUGCUGUCCGCUUGGUCCAGAGUAUCCACAAAUCCCUGGCUGCACUGAGCAAGGUCAUCAGAGGGACACAGCUGCUGACUCCUGAAGUCCAGAAACUGGCCACUGCCUUGCUCAAUCAAGAGUGUCCUUCAACAUGGCAGAACAAAUGGGACGGACCAGAGGAGCCAAUGCUGUACCUCAGAGCUGUGGUAACACGGGCUGUCGCCAUUCAGAGUUGGGUGGAGCGUGCAGGUCGACAAGCUCUUCUUUCAGACACCCUGGACCUGUCUGAGCUCUUCCACCCUGAUACCUUCCUCAAUGCCCUGAGACAGGAAACCGCCAGGUCCAUGGGUUGUUCAAUGGAUAGUUUGGUGUUUGUCUCAACAUGGAGGAGUCCCAUUACACAGGCCAAACUGCAAGUGAAGGUUGGAGGUCUGCAGUUGGAGGGUUGUAGUUUUGAUGGUGUCCGUCUUUGUGAGAAUCAACACAAUUCUCCCAGUGUGUCAGCGGUGCCGCCCUGCUACAUGGCCUGGGUUCCACAGGCUUCUGCUGCUGACUCGUCUGCGUCAGAGGAGACUAUCUGGCUGCCUCUGUACACCAGCUCAGAGAGGGUGAAGGUGGUCACGCACCUCUGCCUGCCCUGCGGACUGAACCCAGACCAGUGGAUACAGACUGGGGCUGCGUUCUUUUUAAACCGCUUUCAGACAUGAAGUCAGAAAAAUUGGGUCCAGAUAUUUCGCCGGAGAUUGCCUUUCAAACACACAGCAGAAGAUUGUUCAGGUCAAAGGCGUUUACAACAACAAGGAAAACAUCGAGAAAUUGGCUGAGCAGGAGGCCUGUAAUGUAAAAACAAUUCUGUGGAAAUCACGUUUAUGACUUCAGCCCGGCAACACCAAUGUCGGCCCUCACCACCAAAGACUUCCCAAUGUCCUUGUCUUUCCAGGUCUGAACCUCCUCUUCACCCUGAGAUAUUUAUAUUCUUUUUGUUUAUUAUUCUCUGUUUUGCGUCCAAUACGUGGUUGAAAUGUCAUCAUGCUCAUUCUCACAUUUUCUAGAAAUCUUUCAAGGGGGCUGGAAGGAAAAGUUCUGAAAAAAAAGAUAUAAAACUGUAUAUUUGUAACUGUUGAUUUUACUUAGAGCUUAAGAGUAAAGAUGACAUAAAUGUCAUUAUUGAUCUGAACUUCAGUUGUAGUUGUCAAUAAUUAUUUGUGUAUCUGUGUGUGGGUGCGCGUGCGUGUGUGCGUGUGUGUGUGUGUGUGUGUGUGUGUGUGUGAGCCAAUCCUCCACCUCAUACCAUCAGUAGUCACAUUUCACUCCACCCGCUCGGCCUCUCUCUCAGUUCUGCUGAAACGGGCUUCAAAGGCAUGAAACGCCUCAGUGUCUGUUCCCAAAGCAAAUGUGGGUUCCCUCUCUCUCUCCCAAAACACACACACACACACACUUACAUUCACGAGCACUCCGUUAGUCCCUAACCUCUGUGUGAUUGGCUCUGAGUUGUGGUUGAGCGGAGUCAGUGAAGCUGUGAUGGAUGGCCACGGAGCUGCAGGGGAGGGAGCGAGGUGCGUAAAGUGUGUACGUGUGUGUCUUUGUGUAUGACUCCAACCAGGAGCAUCAAAUUUGAUUGAUAGGUUAAUUUAGUCUUUUUUUCUUUCUGUGUUUGUGUUUGUGCAGUUUUACAAAUGUUUGUGAAUGCGUGUGUAUUCACUCUUCUGUGUCUGAAUGUGUGUGUGUGAGUGUGUGGCGAGACAGAGUAAGGGGUUGAAUUGAGGGAGGAGCGGGUAUUGUGUGUGCAUCGCAGUGUGACAAAAUGUGAGUCAAAUGGAACAGCGGGUUUAAGAAUGAGAGAGGAUUGGAUUUCAGCAGAACACGGCCCUCUGGGUCAGAGAGGGAAAGAGAGACGGAGGAAUGAAGGAGGAGAGAAAGAGAGAGGAGCAGAGAAAAGGCUAUAUAAGCGGUUUUGAAAAAAUAAAAAAGUGCAGAAACAGGAAAGUGAGGAGAGCUCGGGUGAUGAGGAGACUGGGAGAGGGAGCAGGGGGUUAAAAGGAAAGAGAUGGAGGGAGAGGGUUCGGACAAGUAGUGAGUGAGUCGUGAAAAAACGAACAGGAGGGCAGAGAAAAGGAGAGGGAGCAGAUAGAAACUGUUUGUCCAGGUGAUAUUGGACUGACCGUCAGUUUGUUCUUUACCUUCUCUGCAACCUGAAAGAAGCUGCACAUUCAAACAUCUUUCAUCUGUAAACUAUAAUGACAUAAAUGUACUGUGAUGAAACAUCGGUAAAUGUUGAUACUGACAUUUCUUAAAAUAAAGAAAACAUGUUUGUGAACAUCUUGAGUCCCACCACCCUCAGGACCUGUCCUCUCCUGGGAAUCUGUGCUCUCAGUUUGAAAUAUCACUCGCAGGAGUUCACUGCAUGGACUGUGUGUAGAAAUGGACAACACUGCGGCUUUUCAAAAGUGAAGCCAAAGCAUGUUGAUCACCACCUAGUGGCCGGCUGUAGUACAGGUCAUACAUUGGGCCUCCCCUAUGUUGGUGGGUGGGACAUAAAUAAAUAAAAAAAAAUAAAG